AACCAGCGAAGCGAAUAGUGUUUGCUUGGAUCACUUCUUAAGGAUACCCGCCACUGGCAGAAGCAUUUGGAAGUCCGGAAAAAGCCAGUUCGACGGUCAAACACCACAAAAAAAUGACAGUCGACACAACCGCCGCUGAGGCACCGGGCACCUGCCCCUUCUCCGGCGUCCGCCAGCGUCACCUCGCAGCCGCUGAAUCCACCGGCUGCCCCAUGUCCCGCACCUCCACCCCGCCCCUCCCAGACCACGCCGUCCCGACGACCCCCCCAAUCCAAUGGUUCGACUAUGAGAGCUUCUACGGCGGCCUCAACCUCGCCAGCAUCCCGCCCAACCCGGUCGACCUCCAUUCGCUCCUCAAAAUCGGAGACCCCGUAGCCGACGACGCGUACGAUGCCCUGAUGGCGGAGUACCGCGCGGAGGGGAAACAACCCCCGAGCUCGUAUAAGAUUUUCGAAGAGGUUUUGGAACGGAGGGACGCGGGGGUGUGUACCGACGCGGAACGGAGGUUGUUGGCGGAGGUGGAGACGGUACCCUCGUGGGUGGAUUGGGCGAGUUUGGAGAGGGGCCGGGAAGUCUACUGGCGCAACUUGAGCGGGAUCCAGAUCGUGUUGCUGUACGGGAGUCUUGCCGGCGGGUUCUCGAUCCCGCGCGUGAACGAGGUGUUGGUGCAGACCGGGUACUUGUCGCACGCCAAGCAUGUCAAUCGCCGGUUGAUGGAGACUGCGGAGAUGAUAAACGACGUAAUGCAACACGGCCUCGCACCCAACUCCCAAGGCUGGAAAGCCGUCGUCGGCGUGCGGUUCCUGCACUGCUCCGUCCGCGAGAAACAAGCGGAUCGGAUGGCGAUGCGGAAACGGCAGGCCGAGGCGACCGGCGGGUCGGUGGAUGAUAUCAGCGAGGAGUUUGGCGGGGCUAUGGCUAUUGCUCAGACGGAUUUGAUCGGCACCCUCCUAGGCUUCCAAGCCUCCGUCGUCGUCGGGCUAGCUCACCUCUGGACCUACCUAACCCCACAGGAGCGCGACGACUACACGCACGUAUGGCGAUACGUCGGGUACUUGAUCGGCGUCAUGGACGAGCAUAGCCCUCUCCAGUAUUCGUUUGAAACGACUUGCUCGGCUUUGAAGGAUUAUCUCCAGCUGUACUUCGAACCCGACGAAACCUCCGCCCGCCUCUCCAACACCCUCCUCCAAGCCGUGGCCGAUAAAGUCAGCUCCAUCGGGCCGCCUCAGGCCGACAAAGACAAGAACCAAAAAGUGAAGGCCGCACCCACGACAGCCAAAGCGGCCACCUCCACAUCAACGGCAGCAUCACCCACCAAGACGACGCCCAACGCCCCCGAGUUUACCUCCGGGUCGUAUCUGCUGGGCGUCUCGAUUUCCCGGAGGUUUCUGUCGGGUACAUUGGCCGACGCCCUCCAACUCCCCUCCCCACCCCUCUACUACCGCGCAGUCGCCCUCUGGCUCUGUUUCGUGGUGUGGCUGUUUGGCCGGAUGGCGUAUGUGCCGGGGUUGAGUGAACGGACGGUGAGGAAACGGAAGGAGAAGAUGACGAGGAUGCUGAAAGUGCUGAAUAGGCCCGAGGCUUGAUGUUGAUGUCGGCUGUUUUCUGCUGUUUUCUGGGUUCUGGAACAUUUCUGAUGUUGCACAUACACAGGACUUUGUACAUACGUAGAUUCCCUUUCCAGCCGUGUUUUGCGUCUGUGUGAUUAGUGUGGGGCGAGCUCAGGUGCAAUAAUGAUUCUGUAUAUCUCCGUCCGUUAAAUCUUCCAUUGGCCACACCUUCG